AUGAACGGCGCCUUAUCGACUCGGAAGCUGAGCCGUGUCCUUGGCGGCAGCAGCAACUGCGCCAUCUCGAGAGCUCGGCCCCUGGGGUGCGCCUUUUGCCAGUGGCGUCGGAGCUUCUGCGCGUCGGCCAUCUAUGCGUCGAAGCCGGGCGCCGGCGCGGAGCUCGACGCCAAGAGUAAAGUCAAGGGAAUCCCCAUUGAAGCUCCCCGGAGCUACGGAAAGCGCAUCGAAGGCGGCUUUGUGCCCCGGCCGCUGCCUAGACCAAUCGGUAUGCCGGAUCCCCCGAUGGCGGGUGAGAACACGGGUAUCGACAAGCGGACGAUACGACAGCGACGCGAGGACUUUGUCGACUAUGAUAAGCAUAUCCAGAGGCGCAAGGAGCUGACCGCCCAAAUGGCCAAGCCCUACUUCCGCGACUGGGGCAACCUCAAAUACCAUGAGGGCAAGUCGUUCAUCUCGCCGCCGCGCCUCUUUCGCGCCGACAUGUCGCUCUUUUUCCCCAACCUGUACGGCCAGCCGCUGGCCAAGAACGGCAAGGAGUUCGUGGACACGACACCGCUCCUGACGGGCAAGGCAUCGGUCGUGACAAUCUUCAACGGCCAGUGGGCCCAGAAUCAGGCCGACACAUGGAUCUCGCCCGAGUCCAACCCGGCGCUGCAGGAGGUGCUGGAUCAGAACAGCGACGUCGCGCAGAUGGUACGCAUCAAUUACGAGGACAACUCGGCCAAGGCCUGGCUCGUGCGCAUGUUCAUGGGCUCCCUAAGGAAGAGGCUGCCCGAGAGGGACUGGCCCACCUACCUGCUCGUCCGUCAGGGAAUCACCGACGAGAUGCGCGAGUACACGGGCCUGCUCAACAGCAAGGUAGGGUACACGUACCUCGUCGACCACCACUGCCGCAUCCGAUGGGCCGGUAGCGGACCCAGCCACCCGGACGAGCUCGAGGGACUCAACAAGGGACUGGUGCGCAUAGCAGAGGAUAUCAGGAAGGAGGCAAAGCUGCCCCCCACGGCUCGCGAGCAGCUCCCGAGCAAGAGACGGACGAUGGCGCAGCAAGCAUAUUAA